CUCCUUUCGCCCUUGCAAGCUUUUUGACCCCGCGGGGACGCAGUUGCCCGUUCCUCUGUGGCUUCACUGCGCCUAAAGGCGAAGAAGCCAAGCCUUGCCGUGCCAGGUGUAAAGAUGGUCGCCCUUAAGGGUAAACUGGUGGCAGGUCUUUUCACGCGCCUGUGCUGGAGAUCUCCGAUGGCAAGAGGGUCGUCAGACCAGGCGGUUCCCCAAGCUUUGUGGAGGUUGGGGAAGCUCAACCACGUGGCCAUCGCCGUACCCGACCUGGAAAAAGCCACCGCUCUGUAUAGGGACGUGCUACAAGCCCGAGUGAGUGAGGUCGUUCCCCUCCGGGACCACGGGGUCUACACUGUCUUUGUGGAGCUGGGGAACACGAAACUGGAGCUUCUGCACCCCCUGGGAGAAAAGAGCCCCAUCACAGGUUUCCUGCAAAAAAAUAAGGCCGGGGGAAUGCAUCAUAUCUGCCUGGAGGUGGACAAUAUCACCAACGCCAUUGAAGAGCUGAAGAGGAAAAAGAUCCGUGUUCUGAGUGACACACCCCAAAUCGGUGCCCACGGAAAGCCGGUGGUUUUCCUCCACCCCAAAGACUGCGACGGGGUGCUGGUAGAGCUGGAACAAGCCUAGUUCUCUGGAAAAGAGGUGUGUGUCCAUCACACGUUUUGCGGCAACCAAGCUCCCCUUAGCCUCCUAGGAGAGACUUUGCACCUCUCUCUCCUUUGUGGCACGUAUCGGGAUGCAGUGGGGCUCCCAAAAUUCCAGGGCCCCCAUUUUGAAGGGGCAGGGGCAGGAUGGCCAGCGGCAGUUUCCACUGAGAGAUCCCAUUCAGAUUUCGGGGAAUGCACCCCAAUAAACACAUGGUGUAACCGGAAAUAUGGAAGCAGAACUUCACAUAUAGAACCACAAAUUUACAAUUAAAAACCAAGGAGAAAAGAGUGGGUGUUUUUGAGAGUUUGAGCCAACUUAGCAACACGAUACUUUCUUUAGGGCAAUGUUUUUCAACCCUGGCAACUUUAAGAUGGGUGGACUUCAACUCCCAGAAUUCCCCAGUCAGGUAAAGUUGCCAAGAUUGAGAAACAUUGCUUUUAAUGCCUGCAUUUCUGUUCCUUGGGGUAUAUAUUUCCUUAAUCAGCUGGGUGCUCAUUAAGAUUUUUGUUUUUCCUCUAACCAUUGCAAGUCCUGGGUCUUAUUUUCAAUCCAUUUGAAAGAAACCGAUCUGAAAAUCUCCAUUCGCAAGUAAGAAAGCAGGAGACGGAUGGAGAGUCACAGAUGCUUUCCUUCAUAAUUGCUCUGGUAUUCCCUUAAGAAAACAAGAAGCUUUUGCUUUUCGUAUUCUGAAGCAUCACUUAAUAAUGAGACGAUUGUUGUUACCGUGUGAGCAAUGUUGCCCUCCUGGAACAGUUGCUGUCGGGCAGUCUAUUCUCUGUGGUUGCCUUUUUGGUAUGCUUGCAAAAAUGUGGCUAUCGAGAGAAAACAGAGUCUUUAAAUCUUAAAAAAAUAAUUCAGCUGUUAGCCCUAAAAGAAUUAUUUCUUGUUAUUAGAGCUCCCCAUAAUUUCCAAUCCUUUGAAUAAGCAAUGAGCAAUUAAAAGACAGAUUUGUUUAACCAGUUAA